AUUGGGUUUAUAAUUAUAGAUCCAACAAAAGAACCAAACCCAGUUCAAUAAUUCACCGUUAUUGUCAAAUCUAAUCUAAACCCAUCUCUCCUCUCACUCUCUCUUCCUCUCUGUAUUAAAAUAAAAAAGAAACUGCCCAAUUUUGACGCUUUGAGCGACACACAAGUACCAGAAUCAUAGUCAAGACUCGGUGAUUUCAGGGGAGAGAGAGAAGAGAUUAUCUUUGAUGGGCCUUAACCUAACAAUCGUUCUUCGAUGGCCAAAUCUUGCAUCAUCAUCAUCCUCUUAUCUAUUUUACCAUUCCACCAUACUAACAACACCAAUUUCCUUCCUUUUUUGAUUCUUUAUCGUUUGCCCAUUACUGGGCUUCACCUUCUCCUUAUCUUCCUUCACUCUCUUUUAUAGCUUUCACUCUCCUUUGCCGGUUCCUCCGGUAAGAGUUAUAAUUAAAUCCCUGUCAGAUUAGCUUCAAAGACUUCCAAUUUUCUUAAAGAUAAGAGGAAGAAAGUAUAUUUUCUUUUCUUUUGUUUUAUUCCUUACUAGACAAAUUCUCUACCUUUUUAUUUCAUAAAUACUUCCUUUAUUCCGUUUGGUACGAAAAAACAUAAAAAGGCAAUAAUAAAGAUUUGAACUUUGAAUAUCCAAUAAAGCAAGAAUCCUUAAUACGUCCAAUUGAGAUUGUUAUAUUAGCUUUUAAACAGUGAAUUACAAUGGCGUCUGUGUUUCUAUAUCAUGUUGUUGGAGAUCUGACGGUAGGGAAGCCUGAGAUGGUCGAAUUUUGUGAGACUGAGACGGUGGAAUCGGCGAUUCGGGCAAUCGGAGAGUCCACGGAGUGUGGAAUUCCAGUGUGGAAGAGGAGAUCGCAUGUGAAUAUGAUUGAGAAUAAUGAAAUGAGGCAACAGAGGUUUGUGGGCAUUCUUAAUUCUCUUGAUAUUGUGGCUUUUUUGGCUAAAGCUCAAUGCUUGGAGGAUCAGGAAAAGGCUAUGAAGACUCCAGUUUCUGAGGUGGUUGUUCCUGAUAACUCACUAUUGAAACAGGUCGAUCCUGCAACAAGAUUGAUUGAUGCAUUAGAGAUGAUGAAGCAAGGUGUAAAGCGACUUCUGGUCUCCAAAGGUACAGUAUGGAAAGGCAUGAGUAAACGAUUUUCAAUUCUCUAUAAUGGUAAGUGGCUCAAGAAUGUUGACUCCAGCAACAGCAGCAACAACCUCAUGGGCAACAGCAGCAACAACCUCAUGAGCAACAUUAGUCGUCCUUCAUCAUCUUCCACCACUAUUAGCCGGGACAAGUUCUGCUGUCUUUCCAGAGAAGAUGUCAUCCGUUUUAUUAUUGGCUGCCUUGGUGCUUUAGCCCCACUCCCUCUUUCCUCCAUCUCGUCACUUGGAGCCAUUAACUUUAACUACUAUUCUGUCGAAGCUUCUCUUUCAGCCAUUGAAGCUACACAAAAAUUACCCAAAGACCCUUGUGCAGUUGCCGUUGUGGAGCCCAUGCCAGAUGGCCAUUCUAAGAUCAUAGGGGAAAUUUCGGCCUCAAGGUUGUGGAAAUGUGAUUAUUUGGCUGCAGCAUGGGCUUUAGCCAAUCUUUCAUCAGGGCAGUUUGUGAUGGGUGUUGAGGAUAAUCUGACUGCAAGAUCACUUCCUGAUUUUACAGUAAACUCAACAGUCAGCGAUAAUAACACAGCUAAUGGCGGUGGAUCAACAAGACCGAAGAAAUUCAGCAGCAAGAGCAUUGGGUUCAAUCCAGGAAGCUCAAGUUUUGGAAUUGGCAGGAGCAUGUAUAGGGGCAGAAGUGCACCCCUAACAUGUAAGAUCACAAGUUCAUUGGCAGCAGUCAUGGCUCAAAUGCUUUCUCACAGGGCAACUCAUGUAUGGGUGACUGAGGCUGAUAACGACGAAGUUUUAGUUGGAGUGGUUGGUUAUGCAGACAUUCUGUUUGCUGUAACUAAACCACCUGCAUCCUUUAUUCCUAUUAAUCGAUCUACUGAGGGCUUUCCAACUGAAAUUCAAAAUUGAAUUUCAACUUAUUUAUUUUAUCUAUAAUAGAUACAUAUUUUUUUUGCAGUUGUAAUUUAUAUGCUUUGCUUCAGCAGUUUUGAGGUAUUGGAGCUUGAUGAGUUGUACAAUGUUGUAAUAAUUGAAUAAUGUUAAUGAUGCAAUUUGUGUGCUGUUUGUAUAUUAUUAUAGGGUAAUGUAUACAUAUACAUACUCUUCAAAUCA